GGCAGUCGUUCGGUAUUACUUACUAGCAGCUAUCGAUGAAUGCGUAAUAAGGCGAGCGAGGCGAUAUUAAGCGGGCCACUCCAUGGUGGCUGGUGAAACCCCAGAAAAAAAAAACAGGAACCCGCAACUUGCAUCCAUCCAUUGUAGAUUCGGAUUUACUCGUCACAAUAACUCAACCUCCAGGCUGCCCCGCAGCAAAUACGGCGAACCUGGACCUCGCUGUCCAUCACCGACUCAGAACGGCAGUGAUCGGCUUUUGCUCUUGCAGAAUACGCUCUGCCCACAGUGUUUCACGUGGCAGCCUCGCACGGUAUCGCACGAAAAGCUGCACCCGCACAUGACCAAGCCCAGGCAUUGGAUUGAAUCUUGUCUCUUCUCUCGCCAGGCCUCGUUCAUUUGCCAGUCACUCGGCCGGACAUGGACCGAGUGCCCACUUCUGAUCCUGUAUCACGUACGAGUACUCCGUACAGACUCUCACUCUCACUCUCGACCGUUGCUUCGUCACACCACCAUCCCCAGUCCACCUCCGCGUUGGCUGAUUCGACGCCGCCCGCUCUCCGCUCCGCAUGGCCUGGCCUUGCCUGGCCUGGCUCCAGCUUGCCGAUCCGCUCCCGGUGUCUUGUCUCGUUUUGUUUUUCUGACUCUUGUCUUUGUGAUUAUUCACGCCAGUCAUCAGGGGAACAGAGCAGCAGUCCCUGCUUCCCCUCGACUCCAACUCAGCUCCUCUUCUCCACUGCGAUGGUCCGAUGCAACACAAGAUUGUACAGUAUGGGUAAGCAACAACCCCGUCAAUCUGAGGGAUGGAGACCUCGCACAUGGCAUGGAUCCUUCACAUACAGUUCGUUCGACACGGUGCCAGCAGCGGCCCAAGCUCUCCAUCUUCCCCAAGUCUAGGCAUGUCCUUUUGGGCUGCUGAAUCGUAUCGCUCCAACGUUGAUUGUCGACAACCAACGCCAACAACGAGACUGCUUCUCUGCACGUCUUCUUGGACCCCAAUCCAUCACAUGAUAUAUGGCUGAGCAGCCAACUUCAACUAAUCUAAUGCUUUUCUUCGCGCUUCGGAUUUUAUGACGUCGUCCUAACGCCAGCCCCCUACCUGUCAAAAACUUUAGAGUCGAUUCGUGAGAAUGUCACCAGCCGACGGCUCUGAACUGAAUCCCUCGCGCCUCACCUCGCCUAAAUGCCUCCAUCUGCACGGG